CGGCGCUGCGGGGACGCGGAGCGGCGGGACGGAGGCGGCGGCAACGGCGGGGCCGAGCGGAGAGACGGCGGCGCCGGCCGGGGAGACAACGGACGCUCGGAGCUCCUGUCAGCACCAGGAACAGCUCCGAGCAGUGACAGACCGGCCAUGGACCGCAGCGGAAUCCCAGCCGAUGUGCAGGAUGGGAUCCGACGAUUCUUCGCCCCGGACCGGGUGAGUCUGCGCCGGGUGAAGCUGGAGGUGAAGACCGGCAGGCUGGAAGAUAGGGUGAUGGUGCUGACUCGCUGGCGAAUGUGUCUCUUCUGCCUGAGGGUUCCUGUGAAGAUCGAGAAUUCCUUCAACUUCCUCGAAAUACAGAACCUCACUCCACUGAAUGUGGAUCAGCUGGCUGUCGAGACGGGGAAGGGAUCGUUCUGCCUGUGUUUUGAGAGUGCACACCACCUUAACCAGCUGGUGGAUCACAUCAACUGCGCCCUGAGCAAGAUAUUCCCGGCAUCCCCUUCGCUCCUAGGCCGGGACAUCUCCCCGGACUCCCCCUGCCAGACCGGGACUUCUGAAACCUUCGCCUCCCAGACACCAGGAUGUUGUGGAGGAUUCUCGGAAACAUACGCAGCCCUCUGUGAUUACAACGGCGUUCCAUGUCGUGAAGAGGUGCAAUGGGACGUCGACACCAUUUAUCACUCCCAAGACAGUCGACAAUUUAACAUCCUGGACUUCAGCCACUUACCGUCUCGGGACCUGGCGCUGAUCGUGGCUGCUCUCGCUUACAACCAGUGGUUCAACAAACUCUACUCUCGCGACUUCAAGCUGGGCGCAGAGGUGAUAGACCAGGUGAUCCACACGAUGAGCCGCUCCCUUUCCAUCGAGGAGCUGGACAUGGAGAACACGGGAUUGAGAGGGGACUUCGCCCAGCGCCUGGCGUGCGCUCUCAUGGACAACCCGUCCUCCGUGCUGACCGCGAUCAACCUGGCCUGCAAUCCGUUGGAAGACAAAGGUAUCACAGCCUUCAGUCAGUACCUCUCUCUGUGUGGGAGGGGUCUGAGAUUCCUGAAUCUGUCCAACACCUCUCUGACCUCACGAGGUUUGCUCCCACUCGCUCAGUCAUUGAACACCAAUGAAGUCUUUGCAAACACGUUGACGCAUCUGGACCUCAGUAAGAACGCUGGACUGCUGUCAGGAGAGGAGUCACCGCACCUGUACCAGUUCCUCGCCACUCCUAAUGUCCUUGUUGAUCUCAAUCUUGCGGGAACAGACUGUGCUCUUGAUAUGCUCUUUGCGUCUCUCUCUCACGGCUGCUGUUCUCAAUUGAGUUCGCUGAACAUCUCGCAGAAUACGUUCACCCACAGAAAGUGCCGGAGUGCUCCUCCCUCCUUCAAGAUCUUCUUCUCCUCUGCUCUCUCGCUCCGCCGGCUCAACUUUUCGGGGACAAAACUCCCAGCCGAGGCCCUCAGGGCCCUCCUGCUCGGUCUGGCCUCCAAUCCGCUGCUGACGGACCUCAGCCUGGAUCUGAGCAGCUGUGAGCUGAGGUCGAGUGGUGCCCGUGUUCUGGAGGAGACUGUGAGCCGUGUCCGGGGGCUGAAUGGGAUCGACCUGUCUGAUAACGGGCUGGACUCUGACCUGUUGACCUUGCUCCCCACCCUUGGUCUCUGUCCCUCCGUCCGGAACCUCUCCCUCGGGAAGAACUGCAAUGUCAAGAGCAAGACCCUCGAGGAGAUCCUCCAGACCCUGGUCCAGGUUUUCCAAGCGGAAGGCUGUAGGAUUCGAUCCCUCUCCCUGGCCCACUCGAGGCUGCGCUCCCGAGGCAGCCUCCUCCUCAACGCUCUGGGCAGCAAUGCCUGCCUCCGCGAGCUCGACAUCACCGGCAACGGGCUGGGUGACCUCGGCGCCAGGAUGCUGGGCAAGGCUCUGCAGGUCAACAGCAGCCUCCGGAGCAUCAGCUGGGACCGGAACAACACCACAGCGGCCGGUUUCCUGGAGGUGGCUCGUGCCCUGGAGAGUAACUUCACCCUGAGGGAGAUGCCAAUUCCUGUCAGUGAUGUCUCCCACUCCCACCGCACCGAUCCCACACACACCGAGGAGGCGAUUCAGAAGAUCCAGCGAGCUCUCCUCCGGAACAACCGAACCCAUAAAUUCUCGCAGGAUCGUUCUUUCCGACUGCAGCAGGGGAUCAUGGGAAGUAGUGGAGAACAGAUGAUGGAGCGACUCUGCAUGAAGGUGAAUGCGGAUCUCUGGGUGCUGAGGAGCUGCCCGCUGGAUUCUGUACAGCAUGAUUCCCGACACGCCAGGGAGAUCCUGAAGGAUGCCCAGAAUUCCCGAGUGCUGUUCCCCAGUCUCUACGACUUGGCCCAGCGGACGUCCUGCCACCAACAUCUGACUCUGAAGCUGGAGGCGGCCUCAGUCGAGGUGACCCAGAGCCUAGAGAGUGAGCUGCAGGUGUUGCUGGACUCAAUGGUGACCCUGGCCCGUGACCUCUGCCCUCUAGCGGCACGCCGGGCAGAGACCAAUCAGAAGCUGCGGGUCGUGUGGGCAGGACUUCCUGCGCCGGGCGGCUUUGUCCGAGCAGCCGUGCUGGAGCAGGGCGGGGCGGCCAUUCACAGGAAGGUCAGCGAGCUGACCCUGCUCCUGGUCACCUCUCUGACCAACGCCCUGCUGGACGAGAUCCUGCACGAACUCUACCAAUGCCACAAGACCCUGGUCCAACACAUCGCUCAAGUGCAGACUCUGAGGGAGAAGCAAUCACCGACCAUCGGUGGAUGGCAGGACGCCCUUCCCGGCGGCAGGGAGCAACCAGACAACGGCACAGAUGACGAGCUCUCCACCAGCAUUGUAAGAUCCGAACUCUCCCACUGCAUGGAGUUGGUCUACAACGUCCCUUCACACACUCCUGAGGACACACUGGCCGUCCGCAGACACACGACUCACAGCCGAAGAAUCCGCCCGGCUUCUACCUAUCUGAGCGUUAGUGACCUGGAACCGGAUCCCCUGACCGAGGACGAGACUCUCUCAGCCCAGAUCUCCUCCUCUACCACCAGCAGCCUGCGCUCCCACUCGCUGGAGGGGCUGGGGGAGCCUCCCAGCGAGGGGGCAAAAGGCGAUGCCGGCUCCCAGGGAAGGGCAGCAGCACCUCAGCCCCUCAGCAGCCCCGUCCAGCCUGUCCCGCCCAGCGAGCGACUGGGAGAGAACGGUGCGAUUCCCAGACUGGACGAUGGCCCGCAGGAUCUUGGUGGUCUGGAGCCCCAGACCUCCGGAGCCCCCACCGCCACCGUCCCGAGGAGGAGGAAGGGCCGGCGAAGGGGACUGUUCCGCUUCAUGAGGACCCGCCGAGGCCGGGAGGAGGAGGAGGAGGAGGAGGAGGCCGAGGCCGGGGAGCGGCCCAGCUCCCGAGGGAGCGAGGAGAGGGGCGCCGGGCCGGCGGAGGAGCUGGAGGAUGCGGAGGAGGGUGAAGGGAAGGAGGCAGGCCCGACCCCAGAGGCCCUCAUUCAGGGCCGCCCCAUCCAGGGGAUCCUGCUCCCCGGCCUGGCAGGAGGGAGGGGUGUGUGCAGGGAGCUCCUCAACCAGACCCGGCCCCCAUGCCAACCCCAGAAAAGCAGCAGCUCCUCUAACGGCUCGGAGGAUGCGGGACCUCAGGGAUCGAGGCAGCUCCGGGGGACGAGGCCCCGGAGGAACGAGGAGCCGGGUACGGGAGGCAGACUGCGCACCCAGGACAGGAGGCAGAUCACAGGAAUCGGACGUGAAAGCCGGUAUCAGCUCCCAGAUCCCCCGCCACCACCACCACAAGAGACAAAGCCCAACCGUGCGGUUCGGAGGGACAGACACAGGCAGCCGGGCAGAGGAGAGCGGGGAGGACAGGGCGAGCAGCCGCAGGACACGGGUCCCAGGAUGGACAGUGCCCGCGAGUGGGAGAGGGAGCCCGGGACGCCGGGAGCUCAGGACACGGACACGGACGGCCUCCCUGUAGAGACGGAGGGACCGUGUGGAACAGAGAGCCAACCGUUAGCUGCAGAGUGGUCCGAGAAGCCCCCGGUCGGGACACAGCAGAGGGUGUUAUCCCCUACAGAGGCUGAGGGGCUCCAUGUUAUACCCUCGAUGAUUCCUCACGAGACACAGGAGGCAAAGGAUGAGGGACGGGAGAGGUCGCCCCCUCCAGUGACCAGCGGUGAUGCCACCGAGCCAGAAGAGCGGGGUCAGAGGGAACAGCUGCCAGAGCGAGGGGAGAGCCGGAAAACCCCACUGAAACCUCAGCGAUCCAAGCGCCUGCAGGGUGACGGAGCGACCAGCACCGGGACCGGGCGGGAGUCUCCCAGCCCCCUCGACAGAGCAGCACCCACCGAGCUCGGCCAGCCACGAGGUGACGUGUGUCCCCCGCGGCCGGUCCCCCUCAAGCGGUCAGUUCUGACCCGUCAUCGGUCCGAGCUGCCGGCCUGCUCACCCUCCCUCGACAGGCAGAGUCCGACGGACAACAGGACGGAUAGCGUGCUUCGGCCACAGAAGCCCCCCCUCCGGAGAAAGCCACUGCUCCCCGCCCGGACACUCCCUGUGGACACAAGUGCUCCUGCUGAGGCGGCGGAGCAGAUACAGGGAGUGGACCAGUAGGAAGACAGAAGCAGGGAACCCAGUGUGCCUCAGAUGGACUUGGUUCCAGGGACGAGACAGCUCACCGUCGCUGUGUCAGCGGGCGCAGGUGGCCAGACGGCGUCUGAAGAGGAGGGGACGGGGCAAAGGAGCUCAGUCCUCCAAGAUCCACCACCCAGUCCAAUCCCACCAUGCUGCACUGUGCCAGGAAAUUCCUCCUUCCUCCCAAACAAUGCCGCCUGGAUCCACUCAGUCCUCCCAACUUCCCGGUUCUAUCCCUCCAAAUCUACCCCACCAUUCUUUGGGUGUCUGGCUGGCCGUGAUUGGCUGUGCUCUCUGUAUGUAAAUAUAUGUAAAUCAGAUGUAAAUGAUAUAAGCGUGGACCGCGGCCACUCAGCCCGUCCGCUCACUGGUGGUUUUGUAUAUUUGCAGUAAACGUGCGCGGGCAGCGACAGUUCGGGCCUCCGGCCGCUAACGACAACACCGGCGAAAAUAAAACUGGUGGCGG